AUGAAGUUGUUGAAGAUAGUGCUAGAGCCAACUAUGUUUAUGACGACAAAUCUCAGUCAAUGGGGCGAGAGCCCGGGCCCCGAGCGGCGCAGCUCGUGCGGGUCGAGCGCAGGCUGCUCGGCCGCGCCCGCCAUGCCGCCCUCCGACACGCCGCCGCCCGCGCCGCUGCCCACCGCGCCCGCACCCGCGCAGCCUGCGCAGGCGCCUACCAACACUACCAACAACUACCCUGACUACCAGCAGGUGCAGAAGACGCGGUCGGUGGUGGUGUCUUUAACCCCACCACGACAGCGCGAGACGUGGGCCAAGAAGGCUGAGUUUCUUUUGGCGGUGGUGGGGUUCGCCGUGGACCUCGGCAACGUAUGGCGCUUCCCUUACAUCUGCUAUCAAAAUGGCGGCGGAGCCUUCCUGAUCCCAUACUGCAUCAUGCUGCUGUUCGGCGGUCUGCCCCUGUUCUUCCUCGAGCUGGCGUUGGGGCAGUACCACAGGUGCGGUUGCCUCACGCUCUGGAAACGGAUCUGUCCUUGUCUUAAAGGUGUGGGCUACGCCAUCUGCAUGAUCGACAUCUACAUGGGCAUGUACUACAACACAAUCAUCGGCUGGGCGGUCUACUACCUGAUCGCGUCUCUCGCCUCCAUCAACUCUGUUCUUCCUUGGACCAGCUGCAACAACGAAUGGAACACUCCUCUCUGCGCCCCUGUCACCUCCCCUCAGACUAAUAUCAGCACCACAACACCGGCUAAAGAGUUCUUUGAACGAAACGUACUGGAGCAGCACAGAUCCAACGGCCUGGAUGCUAUGGGCCCCAUCAAACCUUCCCUGGCGCUCUGUGUGUUUGGAGUCUUCGUGCUUGUCUACUUCUCCCUUUGGAAAGGAGUCCGGAGCGCUGGCAAAGUGGUGUGGGUAACAGCUUUGGCUCCUUACGUGGUACUGUUGAUUCUCCUGGCGAGGGGCGUGACACUACCAGGAGCAACUGAAGGCAUCCGAUACUACCUGACUCCCGAGUGGCACAAACUGCAGAAUUCCAAGGUAUGGAUCGACGCGGCGUCUCAGAUCUUCUUCUCCCUCGGUCCCGGGUUCGGCACCCUGCUGGCGCUCUCCAGCUACAACAAGUUCAACAACAACUGCUACCGCGACGCGCUCAUCACCUCCUCCAUCAACUGCCUCACCAGCUUCCUCGCUGGCUUCGUCAUCUUCUCGGUUUUAGGCUACAUGGCGCACGUGCAGAACAAGAGCAUCGAGGAGGUGGGCCUGGAGGGUCCAGGGCUGGUCUUCAUCGUGUACCCGGAGGCCAUCGCCACUAUGACCGGCUCCGUGUUCUGGGCCAUCAUCUUCUUCCUCAUGCUCAUCACCCUCGGCCUGGAUAGCACUUUUGGAGGUCUAGAAGCGGUGACCACGGCGCUGUGUGACGAGUACCCCCGCGUGCUGGGCAGGCACCGCGAGAUGUUCGUUGCCGUCCUUCUGCUGUUCAUCUACAUCUGUGCUCUGCCGACCACUACCUAUGGUGGAGUAUACCUAGUGGACCUCCUGAACGUGUACGGUCCAGGCCUAGCGAUCCUGUUCGUGGUCUUCGCUGAAGCAGCCGGUGUCUGCUGGGUGUACGGGGUGGACAAGUUCUCUGAAGACGUCAAGACCAUGCUGGGACACUCGCCCGGCUGGUUCUGGAGGGCUUGCUGGACUUACAUCAGCCCAGUGUUCCUGCUGGUGUUGUUCGUGUUCUCGGUGCUGGCACACGAGGAGAUGCUGGGCGGAGAGUACGAGUACCCGACGUGGUCCAUCCGGGUGGGCUGGCUCAUGACCGGGACUACUGUCUCGCUGAUCCCGCUCUACAUUGUCUACAAGUUUCUCAUCACGCCUGGCAGCUUCAUGCAGCGAAUCAAAGCCAUCAAACGUCCAGAAAUCAUAUCGGUACCGCCAACGGACUCUACUCUCUGCAGCCUGUGACCUGACCAGGGCUUCACCACUCCUCUUCAGACCAAACCACCCAGUGUCGAAUGGCUUGUCUGAAUGUGAACCGGCGAUGCUAUUUUUACUGCGGAUUAGGGGUCCAUAAUGUUUAGUCGUUACUACACUAAAAUUAAGUUAUAUAGCUCAUAUAAAUGUGAAGAGAUGUGGUCAACCAGGGGAAAGACCGAGAUGGUCAGAUGUGGCGACGACGACA